AAGACAGGGUCCAUGACUGGCCUGGAACUCAGCAAUCUGCCUGCCUUUACCUCCCUCUCUUUUUCCCUAAAGAUACUUUAAUAUCCACAGAUGGCAGAAUUGUGGCUAGCUAUGGAGACCGUGUCCCUGAGGGAAUUAACCGGAGAAGUGGGAAUAGGAUCGUAGAUGAAAAUUAGUGAAGGGUUGUCAAGUGGACUAAACCAUUUUUGUGUUUCCUCCUGGUGUGUUAUCCCGGCAGUGGAAGAUUACUGUCAGGAGAUUUUGUAAUUUUAAUGCCGUGAACCACCUUUUUCUGGACAGUUCCCUCAGAGGAGCCAAGGAUUAGAGUAGCCGAGGCACUGGUGUAUGAACUGUUUGAAGGAAUUCACUGGAUGGCUUUCAGCUCUUCCUAGUUAGAGAUCCUGUCAGAAGCUGUGCCCAUCUGACAUGCUUCUCUCUCUCAUGGACCUCCCCGAGAGGAGGUGGAAGAGGUCCCAGUGCAGACAGCCACAUGGAUGCUCCUGAAACCAGACUACGGAUUCGACUUGGUGAAUAGAUUUAGUUCAUCUUCAGUCUGUUUCCCCCUGAACUUCUCAGAGAUGCGGAGACACUUCUGGAAAUGAAACUGCUCCAAAGGGAAGUUGCAUUUUCAUAUUGAAUGGACGGACAGUAAGCAAGUGGCAGAAAGUACUUGACGGGCCCACACCUGGAGUCACUGGACUGGGGACACCAGUGAGCGUGGAGAAGUUCUUCUCGGAGGAAUACCAGAUGAGAAGGAUGAGGCCAACUGGAGAGUAAAUGGCCACCCCCACCCCCUCAGAAACAAAGUCAGCCUCGUGGUGGAACUACUUUUUUCUGUAUGAUGGUUCCAAGGUAAAGGGGGAAGGAGACCCUACUAGAGCUGGCAUCUGCUACUUCUACCCCUCCCAGACCCUACUGGACCAACAGGAACUGCUCUGUGGCCAGCUUGCCGGAGUUGUGCGCUGCCUGUGGGACCUUUCUGGUACUCCGCCCACACUCAUCCGUCUGCGGAAGCUCAAGUUUGCCAUCAGAGUGGAUGGGGACUACCUGUGGGCUCUGGGCUGUGGCAUGGAGCUCUCUGAUGUCAGCUGCAGGCAGUUUCUGGAUCAACUCAUUGGAUUCUUUCAUUUCUACAUGGGCCCUGUCUCUCUGGCCUACAAGAACCAUCCUCAGGAGGAGCUGAGUUUGCAGUGGGACAGCGUCAUCACACACAUCCUCAGGAGCACCAGCGAGUUGCACAGGAUCUUCAACGCCCUGUGGAAUCUGGACCACACCAAGGUGGAGCCCCUGCUGCUGCUGAAGGCAGCCCUCAUCCUACAGACCUGCCAGCGCUCGCCCCAUGUCCUAGCUGGCUCCAUCCUCUACAAAGGACUGAUCGUGAAUUCCCAGCUCCCUCCUUCUCUUACCGCCAAGGUCCUGCUUCAUCAGACUGUCCCUACAGGCCAGAGACUUCCUGGAGCAGGGGCAGCUGCACAGGAAGCAGGAGCAGCAUUGCCCCCUAAUGUGCAGAUCACCCCUGUUUUUCUGAGUGAGGAGGAAGUUGCUAGCCUCCGUGUGUUCACAGUGGAGCAGGAGACUAGACUCCAGGAAAGUCCAUCUCAGUGCCCUCCCAGGGAUCGAAGCACCCCUACCCAGGCAGAAGAUGCCACUAGGUGUGUGGCAUCCAUGGCCUGGACAUCAGCCACCAUCCUGGAGCCUAUGCCCCAUGAUGGAGCAUGGCUGAAUGGCAGGGGGGCAGAUGGACCCUUCCCUGGACAUGCACAGGAGCAUGCCGUGGCUGCAGGACUGUGCACCACUGCCUGUGGCCAGGGUUCUGGCAUCAGCAGCAGGCUGCAGCAGGAGUUGGGUUUUUCCCAAGAGGAACUGGACUUGUCUGAAAUCCACAUCUCUGAGGCUCAGGAAGCUUUCCCACCCAUGCCUGUCGUAGGUGAUCAGGAAGCUGUCCUCACCAGCCACCAGGCCCCCACACUGCCUGAAAACACAGCAAUAUGCAGCUGUCUGGACCCUUCCCCUCUUGAGAGGCUCCCCGAUAGCAGAGGGCAGGAAUGGCUUGCAGACCUUCCCAUCACCAAUGGCCAAACCCAAGUACCUGGCACAGACCCUCUCCCCAGAAGAAGCAGCAGCCCUGUGGUACUUCCUCCCCAGGACCCUGUGGGUGUGGAGCCCAGUGUGGAGCAAUGUGGGGACGGAAGCCUCCAGAACAGGUCAGCCCUAGCAUGUACUUUGCCCUCAGCUGACUCUCAGGGCCCCAGCACCUCUGCAGACAAAAGUGACUUCAAGUCCUCCCCUGCUGGGCUCCAUGCAGGGCUCCUGCCCAUGAGCCUCUACACUCAUGGUGUGAAUGGGCUGGUGCUAUCCCUGCUGGCUGAGGAGCCUCUUCUCAGAGACACUGCAGCCAUCGAGGAAGUGUACCACAGCAGCCUGGCAUCCCUGAAUGGGCUGGAAGUCCACCUGAAGGAGACACUACCCCGAGAUGAGGCUAGCCUCACAAGCAGCACGUACAACUUCAUGCAUUAUGACCGAAUCCAGAGCGUGCUCACAGCCAACCUGCCUCUAGUGGCUUCUCCCCAGGACCGCCGCUUUCUGCAGGCCGUCAACCUCAUGCACUCGGACUUUGCCCAGCUGCCUGCGCUGUACGAGAUGACUGUCAGGAACGCCUCCACAGCUGUGUAUGCCUGCUGCAACCCAGCCCAGGAAACCUACUUCCAGCAGCUGGCGCCCACUGCUCGCAGCUCUGGCUUCCCGAACCCUCAGGAUUGUGCCUUCAGCCUUGCAGGCAAAGCCAAGCGGAAACUGCUGAAGCACGGCAUAAACCUGCUGUGAGCUGUGCACAGCCUGGGCUGUGCGGCAGCCCCUCCAGACUGUGUCCACAGUGCUAAGGGUUGAGAAGGACCUUGUUCUUCAGUGGCUGCUGCAUGAGGGUGAGAGGACUCAGGUUCUGGCAUGUGUAAGUGACCUGAACAGGUGCAGUGCAGGCUGCAGGCUCAAGAAUGCAGCCAUGGGAAUCUCACCUGACAGUUUACUCAAAGUACCUAUGGUACUUUUGCAACCUUGCAAUGCUGAGUUUCAAGUUUAUGAAAGAUUCCCAACUGCUCAAAAAUAAAUGACCAAACUGA